AAACAUUGCAAGGAAGUGUAGAUGCAGCUUAACAUGUGAUAAAACCUUACAAUAUCCUUGAGGGGUAGCAUUCAUAGAAAGAAAUGAAUGCUAUAAAAAGUCCUAGUGCUGGUGUGAGGAAAAUAUUUGUAACAACUUUAGGAAAAGGAGUUAGUUUUGCCAAACAAAGAGCUAAAUAUGUCGCAGAUUCUACACGAGAGCGGGCCAUGGAUGUGAUGUCGUCUUCAAAACGGAUUCUUUACAAUGCCAUAGCCUCUGUUCUCACUUUUGUUCUCAUCAUUUCCAUCUCUGUAUUUAUGUACGGUACUUUCUACUAUGCGUACAUGCCGUUAGAGAUACAUGAAGAACCUGUAAACCUGCAGUUCCUCCCAUGUACUGACCAGGUUGGAAUCUGCAGCUAUCCAAAUGCAACGGUCAACCUUCAUCCUAAAAUUAAGCUUAUGACAGGUCAACCAUACAGUGUUUCAGUACGCCUGGAACUUCCAGACUCGACCUUUAAUCAGGAGCUGGGAAUGUUUAUGUCUUGUCUUGAAGUUCUAAAGAAUGAUAAAAACCUAGAAACAAGCUGUAAAUCCUCAAUACUAGAGUUCAGAUCCCCUCUACUCAGAUAUCUAGAAACGUUUAUGUUUUCCCCGUUUCUGCUGACUGGCACUUCAAGUCAGAAACAAUGGGUCACUAUCAACUUUUUCAGGAAGUUUAUGGACGAUCCCCACAAUUUGGCGAACAGAAUGUUUUUUGAAAUUAAAUCAAAACAUAUUCAGGUGUACAGUACAACCCUGCUUGUGCAUGCAGAAUUCUCUGGCCUUCGACAUAUAAUGUUUCAUCAUCCCUGGAUAUCCUCUGCAGCGGGUAUUCUUUCCAACAUUGUUGUUCUCUCUCUAGUCAUUCUAAUCUCUUGGAGCAGAUUGUUCACCGAAGACGAGGAGUAUUACCUGCAACACUACGAUUCAGGAUUACAUGGAGAAAUAUUGAAGGAGGAUGAUCUAGAUAAAGAAGAAAAGGAGAUUUCAAACACAGACGACAUAGAAAUCCUCAAAAAUGGCGGAGCAAAGAAUAUUGAAACAAUACAUUAAAUGUUGUAAAUUAUUGUGAAAAUUUUUUUCCAAAUUUUUUAUUCCCGAUACGAGAGCCUAUAAUUGAUAACGCUGAAAGCAUGUAAAAAAAAAGGAAUUCAUAGAAAUUUAUUCAAAUUUUUUUAAUAAGGUGAGAGCUUGAGACGCAUAAAACUGGAAUAGGAAAACGACUUUUAAAUUUUUUAACAUGUUUUUAUGAAACGAACAUUGUUUCCAGUAAUUUAAACAAACAAUUGUCUUUCUGUUUCUCAGUUUUAUUGGGCUCACUAUAGGGUUAUCGAAAGAAAUUAUUUUUAUUAUGAGUUUAAAUGUCAGCGUUCGUUUUUUGUUCUCGAUACUUUGUAGACUCAAUUUACUUAAUUUACAUAUCAAACAAUUUGCUAGCAAAAAUAAACUAAU